AUGCCAAACCCAAACCAAAGAAUUGCGCUCAGAGUCUACCGAAACAUCUUCCGAUUCUGCAAGGCCAUUGACGUCAACGCUGUCAACUCACAGCACAAGUUGAAGGCAGAGCUGGAGAAGUUGACGUCGUCAGAGACUGUGAUGCCUGUAUAUCAGAGGCUCUGCGAUUUCAUCUCGAGGAAAGACAUCAAACCCCUGCUGGAGAACAACUCCUGCUCCAAGGCUGCAUGCAAGCAGCUGUUCAGGCUUCCUGAUUCAGAGCACGACAAGACAUUCUUUGCGCAGGGCUCUGACCGGGUUGACAUGGGAUUCGCGGCGCUGAGGUUCCUCGGGGAUCGAUUUGGGCACGUCGUUGAGCAGCAGAGGGAUGUGGUGAAGGCUAAGGAAUGGAUCGAGAUUCUCAAAGACAAGCAGGACCAGGUUGAACAUGGUGCCAUCGCCAUCACCCGAACGGCCGAUCCUUCCGUGCAAGCAUCAUCCGUGCUGGCUCAGCUCGACGACAUGGCCGCGCAAGUGCAGAAGCACCUGACCUCGAUCUCGGACUUGGACGUAGCAAAGUACCUUAUGCUCGAACAUCCUGUGCCCAAGGAAUGCCAUGCUGGAGACUGCCUGGAGGAGGCCUUGUCGACGCUGGCCAAGGAGAUCGGGUUGGAGGCGAGGCAGCUGCGCAUCAUGGCGGCGCUCAACAAGGUGAUGUUCAAGGAGAUGAAGUUUGAAGCGAAUCUUGAGGAGUACUACGACCCAAGGAACGGCCUGAUCCAUGAGGCUCUGCAGAGAAAGACUGGGAACGCCAUCACCCUCAGCAUCAUCUACAUCGCCGUGGCCCGUCGUUGUGGGCUAUACCUUAGCGGCUCCGAGUGUCCAGGACACUUUGUGGUGCGGGGAGAGACGCAGACUGGGUCUCCCUUCUUCUUGGACGUGUUCAAGAGGGGCAAGCUGAUGUCCCACCUGCAAUGCGUCAAGGAAUUCAUCAAGACCGACACGUCCAUGCGGGAGAAGAACAGGCUCGAGGCUGUGACGCCUCUUAGGCUGUACGCGAGGAUGAUGAGGAACCUCGUCAACUCGCACAUGAUCAUCGGCCAUGGAGGAAAGGCGUUGCUGUGGUCAGAGCGUUUGAAUGUGAUGAACAGUGCAUCGGAGAAGAUGCUCCAUCGCAAGGUGAGACUUUUGAUCUCUGUUUGGCUGUUUCUUAUGUCAAUCUUUCACAGCGGCAAUAGCAAGAUCGUCUCGUCGAAUCUUGUGAAUUUCGUAUAG